AUUGCAUCCGGUAGCAGUUUGCUGGUACUGUUCUGUUAGAGUAAUGUUAAAUGGAAGAAAAUUAGACAAGAAAAUGAAUCUAAAGGUUUGGUUUUGGCUCAAGGCUGCGUCACUUUAGCUUUAGCAUAAUUUAGGGUUUUUCAAACUGUCUAAAUGGGUGCGCAUUACUGUGCUAUAUGUAGGCAAACAACAUUUAAUGGAAAGGGACAUAUCUUCGGAAAAAAUCACCAAAGCAGACUCAGAGUGGUUCUUCUUAAAUUCUUAGAAAAGGUGAAGGAAGCUCGUCGGACACUUAAAAAACCCCAAGUAGAGAAGUUUGACUGCACCCAACACAAGCAGACAUUCUGGUGCUACUGCUGUGGGCUUGAAGUUGAACGAAAUGUCACAGAUGGCAACAUGACUGUGCUGUAUGGAGGCUUGUUAGAGCACAUGGCCACCUCAGAACACAGGAAGAAUACUCAUAAGUUCUGGUGGGAGAAUAAGGCCGACCCAAAGUUUAGAGACAAGGUCAUCAUCACAGAGGAGGAAACGGAAAGGUUUAAAGCUGAGGUGGCAAACGCAUUGGAAUCAUUUGUGGAGAAGGAGGAUGAAUUCAUUAAACAGCAAGCCGAUUACAUCCGGGCCCAAGAGAAGCAGCGUCAAGAGGUCCUUCAGUCUCUUUUAGAGCGUGAGGCAGAGCCAGAGUUGUUCAAUGGACCCAACGGCACAGACAUGUCUGCUGAGGACGCUGUCAGCUCUCAAUUUAAGUCUCAGGGGUCAGACCAGCAGGCAGGGAGCAGCUACGUUGAGUCAAUGGUUGAGGCACCGUGGGCUGACACAGGACAAGGCCUGACUUUCAUUGGCUAUCAGGAUUCAUCAAACAGUGGAAAUGUUCAUACAGGUGCUGUCCCUCCUUGGCUCCAGGAUGAUCCUCUAGAGGGGACCUCUGGAGCUGCAGCACAUCCAGAGAUCGGUCCAUCACUCCAAGAGUUCCUCAAACAGAAGGAGCAAGAGAAACUGAGGAAGCUUCCCCCGAACAGAGUGGGCGCCAACUUUGAUCACAGCUCACAUACAGAUGCCAACUGGCUUCCAUCGUUUGGUAGGGUGUGGAACAGCGGCCGACGUUGGCAGUCCAGGCACCAGUUCCGACAAGAGGAAGGGCAGAAGAGCCGACAGAAGAGGAAGAGGGAGCACGGCACAGAGGGUUCAAAGAAAGCAAAGACGACUGAACAGCUGACAAAUUCUGACAACACUUAAAACUGAAUAUGGUGUGUGAGAAUUCAUGAGUGAGGGAGUGUAUAUAGUUUGCAAGAUGUGAAUGAGGUUUUAUACUGUCUAUGAUGAGUUUCACUUGGUUGAAGUGCUUAAGCUGACUCGAUCCCCACUGUAGUCCUCUACCAAACAUUAGCGUCUGUGUGUUACCUUCUUUGAUAACAGAAUUUGGAAAGUUUAGAUAUUAACUUAGCACAUUAGCAGUGCCACUUUGAUAUAUUUAUGUUAGGAAAUUACCUUUGAUAACUGCUUUUGUGAAUAAAAACUGCAUGGUCCAGCUUCACAACACUA